AUGCGGGAAGAAAAAGGUCUGGUUAAAAAAGAAAGCGCGUUGGAAGUUGUAAGCCCCGUCCACCCCAGACACUUUGUGACAAAUCCAAGUCCCAAUAUUUCUACUUCUACAAAUCAUGGCCUCAACCUCCGGAUCAAACCUAGAGCGGCACACAUCAGCAUCGUCAUCAGUUCAUACAUAAACUAUACAGAUUACAUACCCCUCACACCGGACCCAUUCACUCACAGACAAUAG